CUUUGUUAGUCCUGCGUCAGUGAUCGCGAUGGGAUACUGUAGUGUGGUGGUGAGCGUGCUGGCGCUUUUGGCGCUGGCGACGGCCGAGCCGUCAAUCAGAGAUAAUUCCUUGGACGGUGGAGAGCGGGUGCUGCUUGUAUCGCCGGUGUUGGCCCCUCCCAGGGACUCCAGAAUCCAUGACACGACGAGGUCAAGGCAGUUCCCGAUACUAGUGCUCCUCGCCCAGGCGAACCCAUCGUACGGUCGUCUGGAGCCCGAGGCUAAGUCCUUAAAAGGAAACCUGCAACCAAUUUACGUGAAGAAACUCGAAGACCAGGAUAAACCUGAAAACCUGAACAGGCAGAAGCGCCAUCUGUUGGCGAAGAAAUUAUUAGGUCUGGGCGGAGGCGGUGGAGGCCUAGCCUUUGGUGGCGGAUUCUCAAUCGGCGGAGCAGGCAUCGGCUUCGGCGAUGGUGGUGGCUACGGCGGCGGCGGUGGCUACGGCGGCGGUGGUGGCUACGGCGGCGGUGGUGGCUACGGCGGAGGCGGUGGCUACGGCGGAGGCGGAGGCGGUGGCUACGGCGGAGGCGGUGGCUUUGGCGGAGGACAUGGCGGAGGCUAUGGUGGCGGCUACGAAGAACCAUCUAAAACUAUAGUCGUUAAAGUGGUUAAAGAGCAUGGUCACGGUCAUCACCACCGCGGUGGAUAUGAUGGUGGAUACGGAGGUAAUGGAGGCGGAUAUGGCGGCGGCGGCGGUUAUGGCGGAGGUGGUGGCUACGGAGGCGGCGGCGGCGGUGGCUACGGCGGCGGUGGUGGCUACGGAGGCGGCGGCGGCGGUGGCUACGGCGGAGGCGGUGGCUACGGCGGCGGCGGUGGUCAUGGCGGUGGUCAUGGCGGUGGCUACCAACCAAAUUACAAUCAUGGAGGUGGUUGCGGUGGCGGAUGUGGCGGCAAUGGUGGCUACAGCAGUGGUACUGCUACCGCUACCGCUACUGCGACUGCUACUGCUACCGCUACUGCCGGCGGCGGUGGUUAUGGAAAACGCUAACUUCGUCGUACUCAGUGAAAUAACAGAGUGUUUCGAAGUGCAUUGAACAAGCUGUGAUUAUAGGUGACAGGACGAUUAUUACUCGCUAGACACCAAAUGGCUUUAAUUACUUGGCAUCCAUGUAAUUACAGAUAGAAACUUAAAACUUAAUACUAUAGUGAGUAGAUCUAUUUUCAAAUGUAAUUUGUUUGAGUUUUUUCUGUUGUAUAUAACUUUGAUACUUAUUGCGAUUGAGAAUAGGUUUACUUUCGUGUUGAAUGAACUGAUUUUAUGAUCUUUUAUUUGUGAUCUUAAAUAGAAACAACAUUUUGAAUAAAGAACACGCAGGAUUAUGUUUUUUUUUAAGAAUUUAAUGACUGGAUGAUUUUUGUAAUAUUAAAUGGUUGUUAAGUAGAAUUGUUUUGCAAAUUGAAAGGUUAUAAUUCACCUACAAUAGAAAAUAUUUCAAAUUUGUAUUAUUGUGUCCGAUAAACAAUUUCCUAUCUAUUGUUACAUGAAUCCUUGUACUUUUUGUAUAAGUAAUAAAAUAAUUGAAAUACAA